GUUUCCACUCACAAUGUGGCUCCAGGAUGUGUUUGUGGGUCUCAACCUCAGUGGGGUCCUGCUCCUCACCUUCAUUACUCUACUGAUGAUGGAUCUACUGAAGAACAGAAACCCCCCCAACUAUCCUCCAGGACCUCUAGCUCUCCCGUUGGUGGGCAACGUUUUCAACAUUGACCCCAGGCAACCUCACAUUUACCUAACCAAGAUGGCCGUUGUUCAUGGGAAUGUGUUCAGCAUGCGUCUGGGGAGAGACAAGACAGUGUUUGUGUCCGGGUACAAGAUGGUGAAGGAAGCCAUCGUGACGCAGGCAGACAUCUUUGUGGAUCGACCGUACAGCCCUAUGGCUACCAGGUUGUACUCAGAGAACAUAGGGGGGUUCUUCUUCAGCAAUGGGCCGCUGUGGAAGAGGCAGCGGCGGUUUGCCAUCGCCACGCUACGCAGCCUGGGACUGGGGAGGAGCUGCCUGGAGGACAGCAUCUGUGAAGAGAGCCAUCACCUGCAGCUGGAGAUGGAGGGCAUGAGAGGUGAGCCAUUUAACCCGGCACAAUUGUUCAACAAUGCCGUGGCCAACAUCAUAUGCCAGAUGGUGUUUGGAAGACGUUUCGAGUACGACGACAAGAACUUCCAGACCAUGCUGAAGAACUUGAUUGAACUGGCCCAUCUGGAAGGUUCUAUCUGGGCUCACUUGUACGAUGCCUUUCCUACCCUGAUGAAGCACCUACCUGGCCGCCACAAUGAGAUCUUCAGCAACUUCCGAUCCCUGGAAACUCUUAUCCGCGGAGAGCUGGAGAGACACAAGCUGGACAUGGACCCCAGCAACCCCCGGGACUACAUGGAUGCUUUCCUCAUCGAGAUGAAGAAGCACAGAGAAGCCCCUGAGCUGGGUUUUGAUGAAGACAAUCUUGUUCUGUGUUGUCUGGACCUCUUCCUGGCUGGAAGUGAGACUACAUCCAAGACUCUGCAGUGGGCCCUCAUUUACCUGAUAAACAACCCACAUAUUCAGGAAAAAGUCCAGUUGGAGAUAGACACAAUUGUCGGACCGGCCCGAAAGCCCAGCAUGGCAGACAGACCCAGCAUGCCGUACACAGACGCCGUCAUCCACGAGAUCCAGAGGAUGGGGAACAUUGUCCCACUCAACGGGCUCAGAAGGGCUUCCAAGGACACAACUCUCGCGGGAUACUUCAUACCAAAGGGUACGACUUUGAUGCCCAACCUGACGUCUGUGCUGUUUGAUAAGACUGAAUGGGAGACACCAGACAUUUUCAACCCUGCACACUUUCUGGAUGCGGACGGAAAGCUUGUGCGGAGGGACGCAUUCCUGCCUUUCUCUGCAGGUAAACGUGCUUGUCUCGGGGAGAGCCUGGCCAGAAUGGAACUCUUCUUGUUUUUCGUGAAUUUGAUGCAGAAGUUCAGCUUCUCAACACCGGAAGGUGUGGAGCUGAGCACGGAAGGAAUCAUCGGAGCCACGCGCUCACCCCAUCCGUUCAAGAUAUAUGCCAUGCCCCGCUGAGCUUGUGCAUAAUAACCAACGGACCGGUAGACCAAUACCAAUGGACUUGCUAAGUCUUUACAUCUUUGUUCUAUGACGAUGCUUCUGUGAAUAGGGUCUUUACUCCCUUUAAACUCAAACUAACACAAGUAUAUUUAUUAAACCCCUUGCUUUACCAGAGUAUGUGUAAGUAGCAAAGUCAAUUCUAUUUCAAGUUUUCCUGAGAACCAAGCACCAUCAAACUGCGGUAUUUCUUCAGCAAUGCUUGUGCAAUACACUUUGUUUUUCACUUUUAUGGUGCAUUGUAUAAAAAAAAUAAAAGAUUAGG